CCAUUGUAGUGAAGUGUUCUCAUCGCCGAAGAAAUCACCGAAGACUCUCUCAACUUCGAGUAAAAUUACCCAAAGUUUUGUGGUGCUCAUGGAUACACGAAAGGUUCCGUUGUUCUGUUAUUGGAAUGGUUGUAUAAAAGAUGGUCCUGAUGGUCCAUUCUAUGAAGGGUCAAGUCCAAGAGGGAUCAGAGUUGAUAGCAAAACUGAAUUAUCUAAAUUGUUGGAUGAUCUGCAUCUGCUUACUGGUUUUGAAAAGGGAAAGUUUCAGAUUGAUUUGAUUGGUAGGUACCCUUCCAUUGUUCAACAACAGAUGGUCAAGUAUGUGCGUUUGCCCAUUGUGGAUGAUUGUAGUUUGGAGAUGAUUCUUGAGGUUCCAAGCUACCAUCCAUCUAUCAACAAUCUGGAGUUGUAUUUAGAGAUCAAACCAGGAACUGUUCCUAUAUCUCAUCAGUCGCCAUUGGAAACUAGUGCCACCCGAAAGCGUUCUCGGCAAGAGGAGGCUAGUGUCAAUGCAGAUGUAAAUGUGAGUGUGAGAGAUACUAAACUAAGAAGUCCGCGGGAGGAUAACCAUAAUGGGUGGAUUGAAGAUGAGGAGAGUAUGGAUGUCGGAAACUGUGGUGAUAACGGGGUUGCGCAGAAGGAUCCAGAAAUGGAAAAGCCAACUUUAACGAAAGGCGAUAGUGUUUCAAAGCAGUUGAUUUUCUCUAGUUCAUGGCUUGAUGAAAGUGAGUUGCAUGUUGGGAUGGUUUUUAAAGAUAAAGAUGAGCUGGAGAAUGCAGUGAAGUUGUACUCUAAUAGAAGGCAACGUAAAUACAGUAAACACGAAUUUCCCUUUGAAUUCCGCUGCAGAGAAGGAUGUGGAUGGAUUCUCAAGGCACCUAAAACGAGUAGAAAUGUCUUCAAGAUAACAGAAUAUACAGGUCCACAUACUUGUAAGCCAGCAGAAGUGGGCUCAGAUUUUCUGGCUGGUGAGAUUGAAGGUCUAAUAAAGGCUCAUCCCUCACUCUCGAUAGUAGAGCUGAAUAAGUGGGUGAAAGAAGAAUUUGGCUACACAGUCUCGUAUGAUAAUAUGUGGAUUGCUAAAAGGAAAGCGAUCACCGCAAUCUUGGGAGAUUUGGAUAAGAGUUUUCGCGUAUUGCCCAAGUUCAUGGCUGCCCUUAGCUCAUCUAACAAGAUGCUCGUGGAAUGGCAAUAUGAUCCUUUUCCUGAUCCCAAAUAUGCAUCCUUUCGUUCUGUGUUUUGGGCGUUUCAGCAGUCAAUUGCAGGAUUUCCUCACUGCAGACCUGUGAUCAUUGUGGAUACAGUAAACUUGAGCAGUAAAUACCCUGGGAAACUGUUGGUUGCAGCGGGAUUUGAUGCCGACAACAGUCUCUUCCCACUUGCAUUUGCGAUUAUUACCGAAGAAAGUUUGACAGCUGAUACUUGGCGUUGGUUCUUUGCAUGCAUCAGGAAGAAAGUAACGCAAAGGGAAGGCAUUUGUCUAAUAACGAGUCCGCAUCCUGACAUAGUUGCAGUUGUUAAGGAGCCUGAGUGUCAGUGGGCACAACACCGGUUCUGUCUUAGGCAUAUGUGCUUAAGAUUUUAUGAUGUUUUCGAUAACAAUAUCAUGACAGAGUUUGUUUACAAGGCGGGAUCUACGAAGUACGUAUCAACUUUUGAUUACUACUUGGAGAAAAUCGAAAAGAUGAACCCGGAGGCUCGAAAAUGGUUAGACAAAAUACCUCCACAUCAAUGGGCUGUGGCUUACGAUGAUGGCGGGCUGAGAUUCAAGACCAAGACUACAAAUUUAAUAUUUAGGACAUAUGGUUUCUUAAACAAAGCUCUUGAUCUUCCAAUCACAACCUGCAUCUUGCUAAUUUUUGAUUACCUGGCAGCGCUUUUCAAAUACCGACAGGGUCUACUUGAGGAAUCACUGAAAGCAAGAGACCUAUACUCAAAACGUGUCAUGAAAAUUCUUGAAGAGCAAGCUUCUAAAAAGUACGAUGUAUUGCCAUUAGACCAGACCGAGGAGAGGUUUCAGGUCACGAACGUGAUGCAAGUUAGGGAGUCGAGCUUUGUUGUUCAUCUGAGUAAUCGGGUUUGCACUUGUGGGAAAUGGCAACUUCGCAAGAUUCCAUGUUCACACGUGUUAGCUGUUUGCAGGAGGCUGGACAUUGAUCAUUUGCAGUAUGUUGAUGACUUUUACAGUACAAAAAGUUCUGUUGCAGUGUAUGCAGCUGACUUCAAUCCGCUACCGAGAGUCUCUGAUUGGCCGGAAGCUUCCGACGUUCCAAGAUUGUUUCCUCCUGGAAGCCAUCCGAUAUCAGUUUAGCCAAGAAAGGUCUGAAACGUUGAACCAAACUGAACUAAUUCGUGAAGAUGGUUGGGUAUGUUACCUGAAUAUACAUCGAUUUAGUUUGGUUUGUUUCAGUACGAGUUUUAGGGAAACUAGUUCGGUUUUUUUCUUUCUCUUCGAUAUGUAUGAAGAGAGAGACGGCUAAAGAAGUUGGUGAAAGUUAGUUAAACCAAAAUAUGUAGUGACUAGUUUUUUGUUUGUAAGAUAUGCUAACCGGUUAGUGUUUGUUUUUUGGGAGGUUGUAUGAAAACCGGUUAAAGGUUCAUGUAAUGUAAUGUCUGGACAUAUAUAUAUAGUGGCUACUACUA